GCGCACUUGUUCAGUCCGGUGGAAACACGUCUAGAAACUGAUUCAUCCGGACAAAUAAUAAUUUAAAUAAAAAAUAAAUAAAUAGAAAUCUAUUUAGUGUAGUUUUUGUUGUAUUUAACGAUAUGGAACAUCCGUUUUAAUAAUUAUUUAUUAAUUAACAAUAAUUUUUUUAUUAUUUAAAGUGAAUGCUGUGACAUGUGUCAGUGAAAUAAAGUAUAAUAAUAUAUUUUACGAAAAAAAAAAAAUAAAAAGUAAUUUCCUUGGGGGGAAUUAAUAAAAUGACCAACAGUAUGAAGCAAACAGUGAUCAAAAAUCCCACCUGGUGGAGGAGACGAUCAGCUUUGGAACGAGGUUUAACGAUAAUAGCAAUAUGUGGAGUACUUAUAGUAAUUGCAUUAGCAAUAGCUGUCGGUGUAAUGUCAUCAAAAGCCCAAAAUUGUGUUGCGACUAAUACGGAGAUGCUACCAUCAUCUGCUGAUGCUUUAAGAAGUAAAAAACCAUCUACAUCAGGAAACAAAAUUAUAGAUUCAACGUCCUCAAAUCUCAAGGAUAUUUGUCUCACACCUGGAUGUGUUAAAACUGCAUCAAGAGUAUUGGAGUAUAUGGAUACAAAUGUAGAACCGUGUGAUGAUUUCUAUAGAUUUUCAUGUGGCAAUUUUCUUGAGAAUACAAUAAUUGCUGAUGAUAAAACCGCUGUUAGUGCAUUUAGCAUUCUCAGUGAAAAACUUCAAGAGCAAUUAAGAAUUAAUAUUGAGGAAAAUGUUAAAUCAAAUGAAAAAAAACAUUUCAAAUUGGUAAAACAUUUAUACAAAAAUUGCAUGAACCAAACUGAAAUUAAUAAAAAAGGUUUACAACCAGUUAAGGAUAUUGUUAAGAGACUGGGUGGUUGGCCAGUUUUAGAAGGCGCAGCAUGGCAAGAAAAUGAUUUUGAAUGGAAACAAUCAGUAAAGAAAUUUAGACAUCAAGGAUUUUCAGUGGAUUAUUUCUUUGAUUUCAGUAUUAAUAUUGAUUUCAAAAAUAGUACAAAACGAGUAUUAGAUAUUGAUCAAACGUCUCUAAGCGUUUCUCGUGAAUAUUUAACGAAAGGUCUUGAUAAUGAUAUAGUGAAAGCCUAUUAUAGCUAUAUGGUUGAUAUUGCCGUUCUUUUUGGAGCAAAUAGAAUUACAGCUGAAGAAGAUUUGAAAAAAUCACUUGAAUUUGAAAUAAAACUCGCAAAUAUUUCAUUGCCGACUGAAAAAAGACGUAAUAUCACAGCUCUCUAUAAUCCAAUGACAAUAAGAGAACUUCAGGGAAAUUAUUCCAGUAUACCGUGGAAGGAUUAUUUUAAUGCAAUUUUAGAGCCAAUUAUUUCAAUAGAAGAAGAUGAAGUUGUAAUAGUUAAUGUUCCAAGUUUUUUUAAAGAUUUUGAAAAAUUAAUGGAAGAAACGCCAAAAAAAGUUCAAGCAAAUUAUGUAAUGUGGCGAGCAGUUGCUGUGACAAUUGGUUAUUUGAGUGAUGAUGUACGUAGAAGACAAUUGCAAUAUUCAACUGCUGUUAGUGGUAAAACAGAAAGAGAAGCAAGAUGGAAGGAGUGUAUUGAUCUUACAAGUGGAAAUCUUGGAUUGAGCGUUGGUGCUCUUUAUGUUCGAAAAUAUUUUAAUGAGGACGCUAAAAAAAGUGCCGUUGAAAUGGUUACUGAUAUUCGUAAAGAAUUUAGAAAAAUUCUACAAACUGUGGAUUGGAUGGAUGAAAAAACGAGAAAAAGUGCUUUAGAAAAAGCAAUGUCAAUGAGUACUCAUAUUGCUUAUCCUGAUGAGCUUCUCGAUGAUAAAAAACUUGAGGAAUUUUACGAAAAUCUUGACAUAAAUCCGGGAGAUUAUCUUCAAUCAAUUUUAAAUCUUACGCAAUUUGCGACAAAUUAUUCGUUUAGUAAAUUGAGAAAACCAUUUAAUAAAACUGAUUGGCUUUCUCAUGGUAGAUCAGCUGUUAUUAAUGCUUUCUAUUCAUCAAUUGAGAACAGUAUUCAAUUCCCAGCUGGUAUUCUUCAAGGAAUAUUUUUCAGUAAAGACAGACCACGAUAUAUGAAUUACGGUGCAAUUGGUUUUGUCAUUGGACAUGAGAUAACUCAUGGUUUUGAUGAUCAAGGUCGUCAAUUUGAUAAGGAAGGUAAUCUCAUUGAUUGGUGGGAACCAGAGACGAAAGAAAAAUAUCUUUCAAAAGCUGAGUGUAUUAUUCAUCAAUAUGGAAAUUAUACAGCUAAGGAAGUUAAUAUGAAUUUGAAUGGUAUUAAUACUCAAGGAGAAAAUAUUGCCGAUAAUGGAGGAAUAAAAGAAUCAUAUUUAGCCUAUCAAGAAUGGGUUGAACGAAAUGGACCCGAACAAAAAUUACCCGGUUUAAAAUAUACACCAUCACAACUUUUCUGGAUUAGUGCAGCACAAACAUGGUGCAGUAAAUAUAGACCAGAAACAUUGAAACUUCGCAUCACUACUGGAGUUCAUAGUCCUGGAGAAUUUAGAGUUUUAGGUCCACUUUCAAACAGGCCAGAAUUUGCAAAGGACUUUAAUUGUCCAAUUGGCUCAACAAUGAAUCCUAAGAAAAAAUGUUUCGUUUGGUAAAAUAGUGAUAUUUUUAAAAAAAAAUUUCAUCCAAUAAAAAUUUUUUUCAAUGCGUCUAAUAACUUUAAACACGAUAAACUUGGUAAAAUUAAGUAUAUUUUAAAUCAUAUAUAUAUAUAUAUAUGAAGUAGGCUCAUUUUUUGAUUUCAAAAAAUUAUUUUCUUAUAGAUAAAAUAGUCUUUGAUUGAUGUUGUGUAAAUCUUUUCAAAGAGCAAACGUGAAUGAAAGUUGUAAAUACAUUGAACGCAAAAGUAAUGUGUUGAUCAGGUGAAAAAGUUUAAUGUUUAGAACAUUAAAAAGUUGUUGUCCACAGUUAAAGAUAUUAUAUUUAAUAAUUAUUUAAUUUUAGACUGUGCGUUUAUUGUCUAUAUCAUGUCGAGAUUAAUCUUUUCUAAUAUUGACAAAAGUUCGUUUUUUUUUUUUGUUUUUUAUGAAAAACUUUUUAAAGUAGCCAUGAAUAUAGAAGUGUGAGAAACAUUUUAAAUUAUCAUUUUUAAGUACUUAGUCAAUGUAGUAUUAUUAUUCGUUAUGUGUUUAUUGAAAAAAAAAGAUAAUAUGCGAUAUACUAAAAGUAUAUUCUACUAAAAUAGAUCAUACGAAAAUCAUUUUUAUGAAAAAAAAAAAAUUGUCAACUUUGAAAAUUUUAUCUUAGGAAAUUAGUUUCUUUUUUAAUGAAAAAAAAGAGAGUAAGGAUACAAAAAUUCCUAUAAUGCGGUACUUCUGUACAGUUGCUGUAUUUAAUAAUUUUUAUUGUAAUAAAUUUUUUCUAAAAUA